ACCGGAGGGGGCUGCACGCCGAGACACCUGGGGUGCUGCGCACGGAAUUUGGGGGGCUGCGGGGCGCGCGCCGGGGUAGAUGGUAGCCAUGAGGGCGGCCGCGCUGGCACUGCUGCUGGGGGCGCUGCACGGGGCACCGGUGCGCAGCCAGGAGUACGACUACUACGGCUGGCAGGCCGAGCCUCUGCACGGCCGCUCCUACUCCAAGCCGCCACAGUGCCUUGACAUCCCCGCCGACCUGCCGCUCUGCCACACGGUGGGCUACAAGCGCAUGCGGCUGCCCAACCUGCUGGAGCACGAGAGCCUGGCCGAGGUGAAGCAGCAGGCGAGCAGCUGGCUGCCCCUGCUGGCCAAGCGCUGCCACUCGGACACGCAGGUCUUCCUGUGCUCGCUCUUCGCGCCCGUCUGCCUGGACCGGCCCAUCUACCCUUGCCGCUCGCUGUGCGAGGCUGUGCGCGCGGGAUGCGCGCCGCUCAUGGAGGCCUACGGCUUCCCCUGGCCCGAGAUGCUGCACUGCCACAAGUUCCCCCUGGACAACGACCUCUGCAUCGCUGUGCAGUUCGGGCACCUGCCCGCCACCGCGCCUCCAGUGACCAAGAUCUGCGCCCAGUGUGAGAUGGAGCACAGCGCGGAUGGCCUCAUGGAGCAGAUGUGUUCCAGUGACUUCGUGGUCAAGAUGCGCAUCAAGGAGAUCAAAAGAGAGAAUGGCGACCGGAAAUUAAUUGGAGCCCAGAAGAAGAAAAAGCUGCUGAAGCCAGGCCCCCUGAAGCGUAAGGACACUAAGAGGCUGGUCCUGCACAUGAAAAACGGAGCAAGCUGUCCCUGCCCGCAGCUGGACAGCUUGACCGGUAGCUUCCUAGUCAUGGGCCGCAAAGUCGAUGGACAGCUGCUGCUCAUGGCUGUCUAUCGCUGGGAUAAGAAGAAUAAGGAGAUGAAGUUUGCUGUCAAAUUCAUGUUCUCCUACCCCUGCUCCCUCUAUUACCCCUUUUUCUAUGGGGCUGCAGAAUCCCACUGAAGGGCCCUUCUCUAGCCUCUCCAGCUGUGCCUUGCCCUCUGUCCCUGCCCACCUAGCCCUGCCCCCACUCCCAGGCUCACCCAGCCCCCCCCCACCCCCUGGUGGCAGGUGGCUUCAAGCUGUUGCUACAUUGCACAGACUCCAAGGGAUGCACACAAGCUUAGAGUUGGCCUCCUUGUCCAAGGAGCCCUGGAUCCCUGGGGACCUAGGCAUCCUCUCUCAGAAGGGCUUCUCUUCUGAGGAAAACCCCAGGGUCUUAGAAAGUGGGCAGAGGGAGGCAAGAGUGAAGGAAGAGUUUAGAGGCUCAGCAGUCUGAGGGGUGUGUAGAGUGGACAGUGGUGUCAGCUCCCCUCAGCUGGUGGUGGGGCCUUGCCUUGUAGGGAAAUGUCUCCUUGGAGAGGGUCUGUGUUAGGCUGAGUUGUGUGGGGACCGUUUUCCUUUCUGGAUCCUCAUUACAGCCUUCCAAGGAAUAGGAGAUGGGGUUCCAAUGCCUUCCAGCCACGCCGCUGUUUCCUCUCUAUCUCAGACCUCACGCCCCCUGGAUUGGAAAGGAGGCCCAGCCCAGUCUCCACAGACUCCCUUCCCAGGGCUCAUUCCUCAGCCUUGGCUCUCCCUCUGACCUUGACCAUAACUUAUUGCUCCUGUUGUGAGGCCAUUGGUUCUAGACAACAGAUACAGGCAGG